AUGGACCAAACACUAGAAGAAUUUCUCAAGAAUAGGGACCUCCUAGCUUCCGUGGCGGACUAUCUCAUGAAUAUGGAAUUCCCAACUUGCGCAGUGAUAGGUACAGAAUUUGGGAGUAAAUUAUUACAGGAGUAUGCACCAAGCUCUUCGCCCAUUCAAAAGUACGGUGUGCCCAAAUCUCGUAGUAGCCAGUCGGGCACUGGCUCCGUAUCUCAGGAAUAUUUAUUUUCUUCAAGAUCUAAUACACAGCAGGCGCACAGGACUUUAGAAGAUUUCUCAUUUGGAACACAAAGUUUCACCAAAUCAUCAAGAAACAGUCAUUCCCAAAUUAAUGGAACACCAGCUAACUCUCUGGCGACUCAGUAUUAUGACGAAUCUGAUGUGUUGUCGACCAUGUUCAAUAGACCUAAUGGAAGGAGUACCUCUCAGGAAUAUGGUGUGCCAGAAACAGGAGCAGCUUUGAAAUCAAGCACUCUUGCAUCAUCUCAUCCAUCAGCUAGAUCAUCAUCUCGGGAAUACGGUGCACCAUCAUCUCGUACCGCCAUGCCCUCGCCGCAGUACGGGGCUUCAAGAAACCUCGACGGAUACUCAGAUUAG